CGCCUUACAUAUUUCACCUCAUGCGGCUUCUAAUAAGGAGCAUGCAUCAAAGCUCGCUUCCACCCCACUCCCUGCCAACGUGUCAUGUCUGCCUCCUCCCCCUCCUCCUCCUCCUCCUCCUCCUCAUGCCUACUUUUGUUGCGUCGACCACGGUAGCCCCGCUUCAAAGCCUGUUUAAUCGACUGAGCGGGCGCCGUCAACCCCCUUUUGAUGGGCAUGCCAAACCCCAAGGUGGCACAUUUCCUCUCCCCAACCUGCUCCUCGCUCUUCGCGGCGGGGGAGGUGAGGGAGGUGUGCAUAUCGCCCGGGGCUCAGGGGGGCCGGCACCGAGGCCAUUUUCGUCGUCCACAAAUUUCUUACAACGCCUCCAGCAGCAGGCCGGGGACGGAUUAGAUAAAUUGGACUUGCCGGGGCUCCAAGCGUCCGUGCAAGGGCGGAUGCAGCAUUGGGGCGAACAUAUGCAAAAGCACCCGAAAGAUGCCUUGAAAGUUGCGAGCGUGGCCAUGGCAGCCGUGGUCACGGGCACGGUUGUGAAGAACCCUAUGGUGAAGCGGCAGGACGACGUGCCCCCAAAGCCCGGUCACGAGAUCAUCCGCAUCGUGGAGAGGUAG